UGUUUAAACGACCCUGAGACGUGUGCUGCUGACCUCUUGACCAGGCCACCCUUGGAAAAGCGAUCUUGACCUCAGUGGGCUCUCUGUGCUGAAAUAAAGGAGAGUGAUUGAUGUCUGCUGCAUCCUGAACGGUUGUUAGAAAACUGUGAAAUAAGAAAUCCUUCAGCAGAAGGAAAACAAGAAGCUGAACAAUAAUUAACUUCAUGAAACCAAGUUAAAGAGCAGAUUUCAGAACUCAGUUAGAGCCCAUGAAGAAAACUGAAGGUUUUGUUGAAGCUGCAGUGUUUCAGGACAGAUGUCAGGUCUUUAUGAGGACCAGAGGAGCUUCACCUCCUCAGGAGUUCUAACGUCGUUACACACAGAAGAAAGAAAAGUGAUUGUGAAGCAGAAUCUGUUGGUUUCUUCAGCUGCCGGAGCAGAAGGCUGUCGGCUGAUCAAUAUUUGUCUGAACGAGGUGAUCAGAUUAUUCCAGCUCAUUAGGCUCUGUUUGCUUUACUAAGUGCUGGACCGGGUCAAUCAGAACCACCAGCAGCUCACAUUAAAGUUUCCACUUCCUGUUUGGAGCKGUUUGAACUUGUUCUGKUCGUCCAAUCAGGCGCAGGUGGUCUGCAGCAGAGGAUGAGUGGAGGGUGGAGUUGAGCUGAUGCUGGUGGGCUAUAAAAGGAGGACACCCCCUUCCCUCGGCCUCACACCACCCAGCUCUUCCUCUUCAUCAGUCACCUCCUCUUCAUCUCCUCCAGCUCCUCAGCAUGGCGGCUCCUUGGCUCCAGUCCUUGUCCCUGCUGGUCUUACUGGUGGUCUCGUGGCCCGGCUCCCAGGCCCAGUCUCCCUCGCAGCACCUGUGCGGCUCUCACCUGGUCGACGCGCUCUACCUGGUCUGUGGAGGCCUCUUCUACAACCCCAAGAGAGACGUGGACCCCCUGCUGG